AUGCUUUCGAGUCAGUGGAAAUUUAAACAUUCGGAUGUUAUUUUAAGCUUGAACUCGGUUUUAAAUAAUUGACGAACGCGAUUUUCACAGUACUUCGUAUUCAGUAGCCGGUAAAAGAUGGAAAUUCGCGAGUGUUGAUCAUUUACGAUAUGCCGUUUAUACCGUAUUCGCCAAAUCCUUUCGAUAAUCGGCCACCAUCAACAAUGUUCGCGCCGCCAUUCAACUUCCACCAUAGGGCUGCCGAACUGAGAAAACGAUUUCAAAAUUCUCAGUCUUCAAAUUACAGUUUUGCGAGCGGCGAUAACAUCAAUCCUUUCGGAAAUUAUCACUUCAUCAGUCGAAUUUUCCCUCAACGAAAUGAUCUUGUAUCACAGGGUUCUAUACAUCCAGGAUUUUCUAUUUUUAAACUUGGAGAAAAAGGAUCCGGAUUCAGACAAAGAGCCGGAGAGGCGCAGGAUUUUUACAAAUUGAGAGAUGAAUUGGUUGAACGUCAAGAAUUAUUUGAAGAUCCGGAUUUUAAAGCUGUUAGCGCAUCAUUGUAUUACAGUCAACAAUCCCCGAGAUCGUUCGAAUGGCUUCGUCCUAUGGAAAUCAACGACGAUCCCGAAUUUAUCGUCGAAGGAGCAUCCAGAUUCGAUAUUAUGCAAGGCGAACUUGGUGAUUGCUGGCUUCUGGCUGCAGUUGCUAAUUUGACUCUGAAUGAACAAUUAUUCAGUCAAGUAGUUCCUUAUGAUCAAGGUUUUAAAGAUAAAUACGCUGGAAUCUUCCAUUUCAGGUUUUGGCAAUAUGGUCGGUGGGUAGACGUUGUAAUCGACGACAGAUUACCAACCGUAGGCGGAAAACUCGUAUUUAUGCAUUCUUCCCAGCCUAACGAAUUUUGGAGUGCACUCCUCGAAAAAGCGUUCGCAAAAUUACAUGGAUCUUACGAAGCUUUGAAAGGAGGUGGUACUUCCGAAGCUAUGGAAGAUUUUACCGGUGGAGUAGCUGAAAUGUUCGAGCUCAAGGAAGCUCCUCAGAAUCUCUUCACAAUCAUGUUGAAAGCCUAUGAAAGAAUGUCUUUAAUGGCUUGCGCUAUCGAAGCAGAUGCCAACACAUUCGAAGCUCAAACAGCCGAAGGAUUGGUAAAAGGCCACGCAUACAGUAUUACUAAAAUUAAAUACGUUGAUAUAGCUACACCGACUAAAAAAGGAAAAAUACCACUGAUUCGGUUACGAAAUCCGUGGGGAAAUGAAACCGAAUGGAAAGGAGCAUGGAGUGACAAGUCUCCGGAGUGGAAUUUCAUACCUAACGAAGAGAAACAAAUGUUAGGAUUAACUUUUGAACAAGAUGGCGAAUUUUGGAUGGCUUUUCAAGAUUUCGUUAAAAGAUUCGAUAGAUUGGAAGUGUGUCUUAUUAAUCCGGAUACAUUACCCGAUGAAUUGAAAGGCGAAUGUAAUAAACGUUGGGAAAUGAGUGUAUUCGAAGGCGAAUGGACUCGUGGUGUUUCAGCCGGAGGAUGUAGAAAUUACUUAGAAACUUUUCAUUAUAAUCCGCAGUAUCGUAUUACGUUGGAUGAUAUCGACGAAGAAGACGAAGAAAAUAAAUGUACAGUUAUUAUAGCUUUGAUGCAGAAAAAUAGAAGAGCGUUGCGAAAAAUAGGUGCGGAAUGUUUGACCAUUGGAUUUGCGGUCUAUCGUCUGAAUAAUCCGGAUUCUCUUCCAAAACCUUUGAAUAUGGAAUUCUUCCGCACCAACACUUCCGCUGCUCGAUGUCCAUCAUUCGUAAAUUUGAGAGAAGUUACUUGUAGAUUUAAGCUACCACCGGGUGUAUAUUGCAUCGUGCCAUCCACUUUUGAACCGAACCAAGAAGGAGAAUUUAUUUUAAGGAUAUUCUCUGAAAAGAAGAAUCAUAUGGAAGAAAACGACCAACCAGUUGAAAUCGGCGAAAUAGACGAUAGAGUUAAACAACAACAACCUGAUGCGGAAGAAGAAAAACGUUACGAAAGAUUGAAAGAAUUUUUCCGAAAAAUCGCCGGCGAAGAUUUAGAAGUUGAUUGGAUUGAACUUAAACAAAUCUUAGAUUAUGCCAUGAAAAACGAUAUACCCCGUAACAACGAUAACCUGAUUUCAACGUUACUAUCUUACGUCUGUGGUACGGUUUGCCGUGAUACACCGUUAGCUUCUGCUUUUGGAAAUGCACUACAAGGAGGAUUUUCCAAAGAUGUGUGUCGUAGUAUGAUCGCUAUGAUGGAUGUUGAUCGAUCUGGAAAAUUAGGGUUCGAGGAAUUCAAAAAACUAUGGAUUGAUAUUCGAUCUUGGCAGCGAGUAUUCAAAUUGUACGAUAAAGAGAAUACCGGAUUUUUGAGCCCAUUCGAGCUUAGAGAAGCGCUCGCUUCAGCAGGGUACCACUUGAACACCCAUAUCCUCAACGUGCUCGGUCACAGAUAUGCUGGUAAAGAUGGAAAAAUAGCAUUUGACGAUUUCAUGAUGUGCGCUGUACGUCUAAAAUCUAUGAUGGAAAUAUUCCAAGAACGUGCUGCUGGUAAAGAUAUAGCAUCAUUCAAGCUUGAAGAAUGGAUUGAAACAACUUUAUAUUCAUAAUUUUCACUUUUAAAAGUUUUUUCUGCGUGCUUUUGUAUGUGUGUCUUUUUUUUAACUGCUUACGACCAUGUUUUUUUAUUUAUAUUUUUAUUACAUAUUUUAUAUUUUAAUUUUUUUUCUUUUUGCAAAAGUUUAAAUUUAUCGUGAAUCUCGUUCUUUUUUCUAUCGUUAAAUAAAUUUUUGUUUACCUA